AAUACAUUAAUUCUGUGUGUUCAACAAGACAGUUAGAACAAGAGUUGAUCAACAUUAUGUCCCAUGUAACAAAUACUCUGUGUCUGUUUAUCGAUGGAUUAACACUUAUAUACCUUCUAGAUUUAGCAACAUUUUAUAUAUUUAGUAAAACAUUGAUUACGUCGAUUCGAUUGGUUUUAAGUUUGCCAACAUGUCAUAUUUUCAGUUAUUUAUUUAAAAAAUGGCUAAUAUUUCGCUGUCUUUUAUUCUGCUGGAGAAGAUAUAGUGUGUAUAGACGGUUAAAUAAGAAAAAAGAUGAUUUGACGGAUAAACAUGGCCGAUUGCAUAUCAAAUUUCAAGGUUUACAUAAUAUGGAUAGCCAAUCCAAACAGUUAUCACUCAACAACAAUAAUGAACUGACAUCAAUGAGCUUGAGUCAACUGCGUGAGAAGCUACAUAAUAGAAAUAUUACGUCAGUCGAUCUUUUAGACGCUUAUCAGAUUCGUGGUUUAGAACUACUUCGUACGAGAUCCAACUGUAUCAGUGAAAUUAUUUAUGAAGCUGACGUCUACGCUAUAUUAGCUGAUAGCUCACGGGAUUCAGAAGGUGAACAUGUUAGUUUAAUUCAUGGGAUACCUAUAGCAUUGGAAGAAAUAUUUCCUAUUCAUGGUUACGAUCAUACAAUGGGAUAUACAAUACGCACCAAUCGUGGUGCAGAAGAUGACUGUAUUUUAGUAAAAGCACUGCGUGAUUGUGGUGCAAUUCCAGUGAUAUUGACAAAUGUGAAGCAAAAGAUUCUUGGUUUAUCAGCGAACAAUCCAAUAACUGGAUUAACAAGUCAUCCUACACAUCCUGGACGAGCGUGCGUCAGUGGUAUGGGGCCUUUGUUAGUUCAUAAGGGUUCUCCGUUAGCUGUUGGUUUCGAUAUAUUGGGUGAAGCACGUCUUUCAGCUGCAUUUUGCGGAAAAGCAGCACUCAAACCAACUCCAUAUAGGAUGAGCAACAAAGAUUUGAAAUUGCCAAUUGAACUACCUGAAAACUUGCUACCAGUUCCAUCUCCUAUGGGCCAUAGAAUUGAAGAUAUUGUUGACGUUUUAAAAAGCCUUUGGACCUCAAAUAUGUUCGCACACGAUUGUACCUUAUGUCCGAUGGCAUUCAACGACAAAGAAUAUAAAUCUAUUGCAGAAGGAAAUAGGAAAUUGAAGAUUGGUUUCUAUUCAAAUUUUGAUGGUCUAGUCAGAGCUUCACCAUCAGUACAACGAGUCAUGUCAGAAAUUCGUGAUGAGCUUUCUAGACAAGGUCAUGAAGUGGUCGACUUUGCCUUACCAACACCGAGUAAAGCAUACCAGCUAACUAUAAGUUUAUUGGCUAGUUAUAUGGAACCAGAAUCUCUGAAGUUACUAUAUAUUCACGGAAACGGAGACAUUUUGGUAGAUUAUAGGCAGCGUCUUUUGCAUUUGUUCUAUGCGCUACCCCGUUUUCUUAGACACAAAAUAGCUGAAUGGCGUGCAGAAGGUAUUGAAAAAGACUAUCCAGCUACAGCAGUUGUUCUACGAGGUUUAGGCUACAGUCAAAGUCGUAAAACAUUGAUCAAUCAAAUUAAUGAUUAUAAGCAAGAAUUUUUCUCACUGUGGAAUGAAAUGGAACUAGAUGUGUUAGUGUGCCCAACUGCACCAAUACCUGCCCCAUGGGAUGAUAGUCCGUCGUAUGUAACUAAUUGUGUAUUACCAUUUACAUGUUUAUAUAAUUUACUCGGUUGCCCAGCUGGUACUUUAUCCGUGGGACGUGUUGAAAAGUGUGAUUUGCAAGCAUGUUGUGACAUCUCUGAUAACAAUUUCAAAAGUUCCCAGCUUGACAUCAUGUUCUCUGAACAGCAUAAACGUUCCGAAGGUUUGCCUAUCGGUGUACAAGUUGUUGCAAAACCAUGGAAUGAUGAGUUAGUACUUGGGCUACUCGUCAGACUACAAUCCAUUAUUACGGUAUAACUGUUAUCUCUUGUCUCUUUAUGGCCGAUCAAGCGACUUAACUGUUGUUGAAUUAAGUUUGUACAAAUACUUGUAUAAUUUGUUUUGAUUCCGUCCACGGUGAAAGGUUUUUCUUUUUUUCAAAAUAUUUGGCUAAACAAAGUAGUGUCAGAUUGUAGUUUUAUUUGUGAAUUAUCUAUAGCUUUGUUAUUCGUUAUACUCUUGUUUAUAUUCAGGAAUAAAUUUCAGGUUUUUUCUAAAAAAAAAUCUAAAUGCAUG